AUGAAAUCAUAAUCUAUAUUCCAAGAAUGCUAUUACCCAAAAACUUUUAGAGGCUACAAAUAUGACAGUGUCCUUGGACAAGGGACCUUUGGAGUAGUCUGCAAAUACAUGAAAGAUGGAAUGGCUUACGCUGUCAAAUUUGAAUCUCAAAACAGUAGUCAAUCGAUGAUCCAGGAAAAAUAAAUGCUAAAACGUAUUGAUGCUGAAAAUUAGAAAAUUGAUAAUUUAAAAGAUUAGGUUAGAGCUCCUAAAUUGUUUCUAGAUGGCUCUAUUAAAGCAGAAAAUGUUCAGAAUAUAUCCUAUAAUUACAUGGUGCUAGACUACUUUUCUGAGAGUAUAAGUGAGGGAUAAAAAAGCAUGACUAAAAGCUAAUUGGCUAUUCAAAUGAUUGAGCAACUUGAAAAUCUGCAUGCUAUGAACAUUAUUCACAGAGAUGUAAAGUUGGAAAACUUUAUGAUUCAAAACAGCAAAGUUCAUCUUAUUGAUUUUGGAUCAGCCAAAGAAUAUCGCGGUCCCAACGGAGUUAUACCCUUUAAGACAUAGUGUGGUGUGAUAGGCACAGCUUACACUGCUUCACUCAAUUCUCAUCGAUGCCUUGAAGUGAUGCCAGUAGAUGACUUAAUAUCUGUAAUAUAUUCUUUAAUUUGGCUCUGGGAUGAUCAUUUCCCAAUGAAAGUAGAGUUAGAAGAGGCUAUCAUGAGAUAUGCCUAAAUGCCAGAAUAGUUAUCUAUUUGCUAUAGACAAAAAGUAUCACAAAAAGUAAGACAAAUAUUUAUUUAACACAUUAUAGAGUAAAACGUUAACAACCUACGCCAGCAAAUUUCUUUUUUAUAUUCUCAAAUACUACUUAAUCCCUCUGCAAGAUUUACAAUUUCAAGACUAUGA